CUAGACGACCCUACUCACCUGAGCGUUCACCUGGACGCCCCUGGCCAGCCCGUCCUCGGGCCAGCGCCCCUGCCGAGUCCGGGAGGCCCCACGGAGGAGAGCAGCGAGCAGGGCAGAUGGCAGGUAGAUGAGCCAGCGAGCGCCCCCCAGCAGGAAGCCCCGCUCCCCGCCAGCUGCCGGCCCCGGCACACGUCCGCUAUGGAGACCUCUCGCUCCCCUUCGCCCCAGUUCGCCCCCCAGAAGCUCACAGACAAGCCCCCGCUGCUCCUCCAGGACGAGAGCGCCCCCAGGAUCGAGAGGGUGAUUGACAGCCGUACCACGGUGAAGAUGGUGCCCAUCAAGAUCGUGCACGCCGAGAGCCAGCCUGAGAAGGACACCCGCCAGGGCCUGGCCCACACCUCGCCGCCGCCCGCCCUACCCAGCGGGCUGGAGCGGGACCAGAUCAAGACGCUCAGCACCUCGGAACAGUCAUACUCGCGCUUCUGCGUGUACAGCCGUCAGUGGGCCGAGCCCCGGGCCCCAGGCCCCGCCAAGGAAGGCAGCCUGGCUGGCCCCCGCUCUGCCCCCACCGGCUACGCCAAGGCCAAGGAGAGGUCAGCCGAGGACCUGAAGUCAGAGGAGCUGGUCCGGGAGAUCGUGGGGAAGGACAAGUCCCUGGCCGAGAUCCUGGACCCCAGUGUGAAGAUCAGGACCACCAUGGACCUGAUGGAGGGCAUUUUCCCCAAGGAUGAGCACCUCCUGGAAGAGGCCCAGCAGCGCAGGAAGCUGCUGCCCAAAAUUCCCUCCCCUCGCGCUGCGGACGACAGGAAAGAAGAGGCGAGCGCACUGGCAGCCAUGCCCCUGGCCACGAAUUCUGCCUACUACAGCACAUCAGCCCCUAAGGCCGAGCUCCUCAUCAAAAUGAAGGACCUUCAGGACCAGCAGGAGCCCGAGGACGAUUCGGAGAGUGACCUGGACCACGACCUCUCAGUCAAGAAGCAGGAGCUGAUCGACAGCCUGGGCCGCAAGCUGCAGGUGCUGCGGGAGGCGCGCGAGAGCCUGUUGGAAGACAUGCGGGCCAACAGCGCGCUGGGCGCGGCCGUGGAGGCCCUGGCCAAGGACGUAUGCAAGCCCAACGAGUUCGACAAGUUCCGCAUGUUCGUCGGCGACCUGGACAAGGUGGUCAACCUCCUGCUCUCGCUGUCCGGCCGCCUGGCCCGUGUGGAGAACGCCCUCAACAACCUGGACGACAGCGCGGCUCCUGGCGAUCGGCACUCCCUGCGGGAGAAGCAGCGGGUCCUCACGCAGCAGCACCGGGACGCCAAGGAGCUGAAGGAGAACCUGGACCGCCGGGAGCGCACCGUCUUCCACAUCCUGGCCGGCUACCUGGGCGCCGACGGCCUGGCCGACUACGAGCACUUUGUGAAGAUGAGGUCGGCACUGCUCAUCGAGCACCGGGAGCUGGAGGACAAGAUCCACCUGGGCGAGGAGCAGCUCAAGUGCCUGCUGGACAGCCUGCCGCCCGAGCGGGGCAAAUAACGGGGAGGAGGCCCCGCCUGCCCCCUGCCUGCAAUGCACGCCCGAACCCCGAC